CGAAUAGGUAUAAAAGGGGGCUACCAUGAUGUUUCGAGCAUCAAUCGAUUUUCAACCAAGCUUGUCCAAGCAUCUCCUCAACAAUCUACAAAAUGAAGUGCAUCGCAGCUAUCGUUUUGCUCGCUCUGGUCGGCGUAGCUUUAGCGAAACCCUUGGAAACGGAAUCCAUCGAACCGGUGAAGGCCGAAUCAGUGGCAGCGGAAGCUGAAACCGCGGUUCGGGAUAAGAGAGGACUCCUGUUGGGCGCAGCUUACACCGCACCCGUCGCUUACAGUGCAGCCUAUACCGCUCCGGUCGCCUACACGGCUGCUGCCUACAACUAUCCUUACGCCGCGUACACCGGCUACCCUUACUACGCCGCUGCCUACUCUGCACCCUACUACGUUGUCUAACCAUCUACCCGAACCACCUACCUACAUUUCGGACCUAAUCACGACGACUGCACCGAUCUCGACAGCUCUGCCGAGAGCUUUCCAGACUUGAUCGAGAUGCAUGAACGAUCACGUCGAAGGAUGCUCCGCAUCGCACAACACCCUAACCAAGGCUCAUCAACUUUGACAAUAUCGGCUCGAACUGAAACACAAUUGCUGAAGCAAACAUAAUAGAGUAUAACAUUGUUUGUUACUGUGAACACGCGUUGAUACGACUACAAGAUGCUGGCAUCCUUCUACGCUUUACUAACAAGCUAAAUAUGCAUAAUUGUACAUGUACAUGCAUUGCGCUGUAUAUAAAAUAUGUAAUAAAGUAGCAAAGCAUAAAAAA